UCCGCAGGAGGCUCGGAGCGCGCCAGCCGGACACUCCUGGCGGCUCUUGCCCGGCAGCGGCGGCGGCUCGGAGCAGGCUCUGGGACUUGGGCUCAGCGGCCAGCGGGCGUGGGACGGCCAGGAUUACCCAGGGAAGUGGUUGUCUCCUGGCUGGAGCCGCAAAGAGGGGCUCUCGGGCUUAAGGCCAGAUCGCGAGACCAGAGGCGGCAGAGAGCGAGAGGACGGGCUCGGACUGCCGGGUCGUUCGCCGCGGGGAGCGCGGACAUCGGGCAAGAAGGCCGCGUCGCGCUCACCAUGGUCAGCUGCUGGGACACCGGGGCCCUGCUGUGCGCGCUGCUGGGCUGUCUGCUUCUCACAGGAUCUAGUUCAGGUUCAAAAUUUAAAGGUCCUGAACUGAGUUUAAAAGGCACCCAGCACAUCAUGCAAGCAGGCCAGACGCUGUAUCUCAAGUGCAGGGGGGAAGCAGCCCAUUCAUGGUCUUUGCCUGAAACGGUGAGUAAGGAAAGCAAAAGGCUGAGCAUAACUAAAUCUGCCUGUGGAAGGAACAGCAAACAAUUCUGCAGUACUUUGACUUUGAACACGGCCCAGGCAAACCACACUGGCUUCUACAGCUGCAAAUAUCUAGCUAUACCUACUUCAAAGAAGAAGAAAAUAGAAUCUACAAUCUACAUAUUUAUUAAUGAUACAGGUAGACCUUUUGUAGAGAUGUACAGUGAAAUACCUGAAGUCAUAUACAUGACUGAAGGAAGGGCGCUCGUCAUUCCCUGCCGGGUCACAUCACCUAACAUCACUGUUACAUUAAAAAAGUUUCCACUUGACACUCUGAUCCCUGAUGGAAAAAGAGUAAUCUGGGACAGUAGAAAGGGCUUUAUAAUAUCGAGAGCAACGUACAGAGAAAUAGGGCUUCUGACCUGUGAAGCAACAGUCAAUGGACAUGUGUAUCAGACGAACUAUCUCACACAUCGACAAACCAAUAAGAUCACAGAUGUUCAAAUAAGCACACUGAGCCCAGUCAGAUUACUCAGAGGUCAUACUCUGACCCUCAACUGUACUGCUACCACUCCCUUGAACACCAGAGUUCAAAUGACCUGGAGUUACCCUGGUGAAAUAAAGAAAAGAGCUUCUAUAAGGCAACGAAUUGACCAAAGCAAUUCCCAUACCAAUGUGUUCUACAGUAUUCUUACUAUUGACAGAGUACAGAACAAAGACAAAGGACUUUACACUUGUCAUGUGAAGAGUGGACCAUCAUUAAGAUCUGUCAACACCUCAGUGCAUAUAUAUGAAAAAGCCUUCAUCACUGUAAAACACCGAAAACAGCAGGUGCUGGAAACCACCGCCGGCAAGCGCUCCUACCGACUCUCUAUGAAAGUGAAGGCGUUUCCCUCGCCGGAAGUCGUAUGGUUAAAAGAUGGGGUACCGGCCACUGAGAAAUCUGCUCGCUAUUUGGCGCAUGGCUAUUCAUUAAUUAUCAAGGAUGUAACUGCAGAGGACGCCGGGGAUUAUACAAUAUUGCUGGGCAUAAAACAGUCUAAUGUGUUUAAAAACCUCACUGCCACUCUAAUUGUAAAUGUGAAACCCCAGAUUUACGAAAAGGCCGUGUCAUCACUUCCAGACCCGAUCCUCUACCCACUGGGCAGCAGACAAACCCUGAUUUGCACUGUUUAUGGAAUCCCUCAACCUACAAUCAAAUGGUUCUGGCACCCCUGUAACCAUAAUCAUUCCAAAGCAAGGUAUGACUUUUGUUCCAACAAUGAAGAGCCCUUUAUCCUGGGUCCUGGCAGCAACAUAGGAAACAGAAUCGAGAGCAUCACUCAGCGCAUGGCAAUAAUAGAAGGAAAGAAUAAGACGGCUAGCACCUUGGUUGUGGCUGACUCCAGAAUUUCUGGAAUCUACAGUUGCAUGGCUUCCAAUAAAGUAGGGACUGUGGGAAGAAACAUAACCUUUUAUAUCACAGACGUGCCAAAUGGGUUUCACGUUAACUUGGAAAAAAUGCCCACAGAAGGAGAGGACCUGAAACUGUCCUGCACAGUUAACAAGCUCUUAUACAGAGACAUUACUUGGAUUUUACUGCGAACAGUUAACAACAGAACAAUGCACCACAGCAUCAGCAAGCAAAAAAUGGCCAUCACUAAGGAGUUCUCCAUCACUCUCAAUCUUGUCAUCAAGAAUGUUUCCCUGGAAGAUUCAGGCACCUAUGCCUGCAGAGCCAGGAAUGUAUACACAGGGGAAGAAAUCCUUCAGAAGAAAGAAGUGACAAUUAGAGAUCAGGAAGCACCAUACCUCCUGAGCAACCUCAGUGAUCACACAGUGGCUAUCAGCAGCUCCACCACUCUGGACUGUCAUGCUAACGGCGUACCAGAGCCUCAGAUAACUUGGUUUAAAAACAACCGCAAAAUACAACAAGAACCUGGAAUUAUUUUAGGACCAGGAAGCAGCACGCUGUUUAUUGAAAGAGUCACAGAAGAGGAUGAAGGCGUCUAUCACUGCAAAGCCACCAACCAGAAGGGCUCCGUGGAAAGUUCAGCAUACCUCACUGUGCAAGGAACCUCGGACAAGUCCAACCUGGAGCUGAUCACUCUGACGUGCACCUGUGUGGCUGCGACCCUCUUCUGGCUCCUCUUAACUCUCUUUAUCAGAAAAAUGAAAAGGUCUUCUUCUGAAAUAAAGACUGACUACCUAUCCAUCAUUAUGGACCCGGAUGAAGUCCCCCUGGAUGAGCAGUGUGAGCGUCUCCCUUACGAUGCCAGCAAGUGGGAGUUUGCCCGGGAGAGACUUAAACUGGGCAAAUCACUUGGAAGAGGGGCUUUUGGAAAAGUGGUUCAAGCAUCUGCAUUUGGCAUUAAAAAAUCCCCGACAUGCAGGACUGUGGCUGUGAAAAUGCUGAAAGAGGGGGCCACAGCCAGCGAGUACAAAGCUCUGAUGACUGAGCUCAAGAUCUUGACCCACAUUGGCCACCAUCUAAAUGUGGUUAACCUGCUGGGAGCCUGUACCAAGCAAGGAGGGCCUCUGAUGGUGAUUGUUGAAUACUGCAAGUAUGGAAAUCUAUCCAACUACCUCAAGAGCAAACGUGAUUUAUUCUUUCUUAACAAGGAUGCGGCAUUGCACGUGGAACCUAAGAAAGAAAAAAUGGAGCCAGGCCUGGAGCAAGGCAAGAAACCAAGACUAGAUAGUGUCACCAGCAGUGAGAGCUUUGCCAGCUCUGGGUUUCAGGAAGAUAAAAGUCUGAGUGAUGUUGAGGAAGAGGAGGAUUCUGAAGGUUUCUACAAGGAGCCCAUCACUAUGGAAGACCUGAUUUCUUACAGUUUUCAAGUGGCUAGAGGCAUGGAGUUUUUGUCUUCCAGAAAGUGUAUCCAUCGGGACCUGGCAGCGCGAAACAUUCUUUUAUCUGAGAACAAUGUGGUGAAGAUUUGUGAUUUCGGCCUCGCCCGGGAUAUUUAUAAGAACCCUGAUUAUGUGAGAAAAGGAGAUACUCGACUUCCUCUGAAAUGGAUGGCUCCUGAAUCUAUCUUUGACAAAAUCUACAGCACCAAGAGCGACGUGUGGUCUUAUGGAGUAUUGCUGUGGGAAAUCUUCUCCUUAGGCGGGUCUCCAUACCCAGGAGUGCAAAUGGAUGAGGACUUCUGCAGCCGCCUGAAGGAAGGCAUGAGGAUGAGGGCCCCGGAGUACGCCACUCCUGAAAUCUAUCAGAUCAUGCUGGACUGCUGGCACAAAGACCCAAAAGAAAGGCCAAGAUUCGCAGAACUUGUGGAAAAGCUUGGCGAUUUGCUUCAAGCAAAUGUACAACAGGAUGGUAAAGACUAUAUCCCACUCAAUGCCAUACUGACUGGAAGCAGUGGGUUUACAUACUCAACUCCUGCCUUUGCUGAGGACUUCUUCAAGGAAGGCAUUUCAGCUCCAACGUUUAAUUCAGGAAGCUCUGAGGACGUCAGAUAUGUAAAUGCUUUCAAAUUCAUGAGCCUGGAGAGAAUUAAAACCUUUGAAGAAGUUUUACCAGAUGCCACCUCCCUGCUGGAUGAUUACCAUGGCGACAGUAGCACUCUGCUAGCCUCCCCAGUGCUGAAGCGCUUCACUUGGACUGAGAGCAAACCCAAGGCCUCACUGCGGAUUGACUUGAGAGUUACCAGCAAAAGUAAGGAGUCGGGGCUUUCUGACAUCAGCAGGCCCACUUUCUGCCACUCCAGCUGCGGACACCUCAACAAAGGCAAACGCAGAUUCACAUACGACAACUCAGAGCUGGAAAAGAAGAUCUCAUGCUGCUCUCCUCCCCCAGACUACAACUCUGUGGUCUUAUACUCCACCCCUCCCGUCUGAAGUUUGCCACAAAGCCUUAUUUCUAGAAGCACAUGUGUAUUUAUACCCCCAGAAAACUAGCUUUUGUCAGUAUUAUGCAUAUAUAAGUUUACACCUUUAUCCUUCCACAGGAGCCAGCUGCUUUGUAUGAAUUUUUAAUAGUGCUUUUUGUUUUUUUGACUAACAAGAAUGUAACCCAGAUAAGUAGAGAAAUAGUGAGACAAGUGAAGAACACUACUGCUAAAGCCUCAUGUUGCUCACCGAGUUAAAGAAAUCCUUUUAAGCCCAGGGCCUUACCUGCUGCACCCUGAGACCUCAGCACGUGUGGGACCACGAUGCCUCAGGAGCUACACUGAUCAUGCCAUGCUAAAUGGACCCCAUGGGGCCAGCCCCAGAGCCUAAGAGCAGGGGCGUAAGCCCUUUAGCUCUAGGAGUCACUAGCUGGCCAAAGCAGUGUCUCAGGAACCCUCUAGCAGGCAUAAAACAUGAAGGAAGGAAAAGGGAAAAAAGGACAGAGAAAACAGGAGAGGGCAUGAGAAGGAACCUGAGACACACCCACGGGCAGGGAGUUGAAGGCUUUCAGCAAUGCCAUUUCAGUGGCUUCUCAACACUGACCUGCAUUUGAGAACCCAGCCAGAAGCAGAGACAGGACAGAGAUGAGGGGAUAUUUUCUGAUCUGGGAGGCAAGAAAAGGACAAAAAUUUUUGAAACUAAAACAAAAAAUGCCCAUUCCUAUAAGUGACACAUUUUGAUUUAGCGCUCUUGAGGGUGGCACUGAGCUCGGAGCGCAUACUGUUGAUUCCUCUCGCAAGAUACACCGAAACCUACCCAGAACUGGGUCAGCUCCACAGCACGGACAGCCUUACACUUAAAAUGUCAAAUUGUAUUUCCAGCGUUGAUGUCUAGACCAGCCACUUCAUUUUUUGUAUUAUCCUGUGUUUUACAGUUAGUUAUAAAAGAAAGCUGAGGGGAAUGAAAGUGCAGUCUUUGAGAAGGUUUUCUUUAUACCAAAACUAGGGUAGAUGGAAUAACAAAUCAGUUAGACACAGUGAAAACCCAGCUUUGUACCAACCAAAUCAAUCCACCGAAGUAGUGGGGACCUAAAGCACAGAAUCAAUCAUGUUCCCCUUUUAUUUAAUGGGGAUUCCACUAUGUCAUGCUAAUCUGGAAGGAUGUGGAAGAGCAUUAACCCAUGUUUAUUAAGCACUUUAUGCUCCUUGAGAAAAAGGUGAUAUAUAAUUUAUGCAAAAUAGUUCUAUGGUUGGGACUUAGGAUACUAGUUAAUGAGCCAUCAAUAAAAGAAAAGCCUAUUUUCAUCUGCUUUGGGACCUUGCCUCAGGGUCUCAGUUUGAAGGGAAUAGGGUGAUGGGGGAGGAGGGUGCCUGCUCUUCAGGGUCUCGCUGUCAGCGGCCUUGGAUCUCUACCUGGCCCUGUUGGAUGCUAUUUAUGCGAGUUAUAGUCUGUUUAUUUAGGGUGUACGUACCUUCUGCAGCCAGUCAGAAGCUGGACAGGCGACAGUGAAUUGCUGCUUCUGGGAAAAAAAAGAGUAUGCUUCCUUUUACGCAUGUAACUUAGAAUAUAUGUCUCCUUUCCUCCGUGCCACAUUCCUGUCUAAAGGUUCUUUGUAUGAAGAGGUGGGAAAGUCAGCACAUUCCCAAGUGAGACAGUGGGUGCCCCAUGGUGACUUUUCCAGAGGACUCACCAACCAGAAGAGAGGAGUGAGACAUGCCUCUCCACUAAGAACUAAAUUCAAACAAAAUCAGGAUAGAGCCAGAGGAAGGGAAAAAUCUUUGUUCUCCCUCCUCUUUACAGACAGCUAGCGGUAGUAUAAAUCAGGUAACUAGGAGGAGGAUAAACAGAGAAAAUAAAAGAAGACCCCAGCCAGUUCUUUACUUUUUUCAAAUCAGGUAAGGACCUGGCAAACAACAAAGAAAACCUACACUAUUCAUACAAUGUCUUAAUUUCAAUAACCUAAUAUCUUAAUCAUGAGGAGACCUUAGUAAACAAAUACUCUUCUUCCAAAAGAGAACAAUCUAUUGGAAUUAUGUUACUCAGCUUCUUCAAAGACUCUGGUUUGUAGCCUACAUGAGUCAUCAGUCAACACAUAGUUCCAGUUGGAGUCUUACUGUAGAAAUGAAAAUGGAGGGUUGUAAUAGAGAGUAUGUAUAGUUGCAAAGCGCUCAUUCAUUAAAACAGCACUGAAAAUUAAAACACUAAUUAACUGAAUUAACAGGAGAACCACUUGCCAUUUAUGACAAAAAUGGCCAGCACUAACAGCUGAAAGAACGAGCACUUUCUUUCAGGGCUUUUGAGAAUGUGUGGCAGCCUGGGUGGCAUGGGACCGAAACCACCUGCAAGUCUGUGUCAAGUCAGCUCAAGAAAUGAUGCUUAGAUGUUAGCUUUAGCCCAUGGGACGCAUACCUUGUUUCCCAGCCCAUAAGAAUGUCAGACAUCAGACACUUGCUAGCCCCAUGUAAAUCAUUAAAGGAGGAAUGCAUCUUUGACCAGCAGUGGCAGUAACUAUGUGUAUGUAUGUAUGUGUGUGUGUGUAUUUUGUGCAGAACUAUUUAAGGAAACUGGAAUUUUAAAGUUACUUUUAUACAAACCAAGAAUAUAUGCUACAAAUAGAUAUAAGUGAGACAUGAUUUGACCCUAUAUUUCUAGCCAUGGUGAAUGUAUUUUGUAUACUAUCUUCAUAUAAUAAAAUUAACUUCCAAAAACA